CCUCUCCAGCGGUUGCACGGGCUGGCCCCGGAAGCGGGCGGCGAGUUUCAGCUGUUGGUCCCGGCCGGCUCCUCUCGAGCAGCGGCACGAGCCUAGCGUUGGUCACCGGAGAAGAGAAGGGCGAUGCAGCCACGGGCCGCCGCUGGAAGCGGCCUGUCCGGCACGGAGUGAACUGAAGGCUGCGCAAGCGAAGCCGCUGCCGACCUCCAGCCGCAGCCCGCGCCCGGCGCCCCCCCUCCGUGGUUCCUGGCUGGCCUCGCCGCUCUGGCCCCGUCAGGCCCCUUUUCCCUGCGCUGCGGCGGGCGGAAGCGGCGGAAGGAGAAGCCCAUGGAAGGGAACCGCGACGAGGCGGAGAAAUGCAUCGAGAUUGCCCGAGAGGCCCUGGAGGCCGGCAACCGAGAGCGAGCGCUGCGGUUCCUCAACAAGGCCCAGAAGCUUUACCCCACCGAGACCGCCAAAGUGUUACUGGAAGCAAUUAUGAAGAAUGGCAGUGCUGCAGGGAGUGGCACUCACUGUCGAAAGCCAGCGGGGGGUAGUGAUCAGAGUAAGCCUAAUAGCAUGAAGGACAGCAGUGCAUCUGCUGCAGGUGAAAGUGGGAAACCCUACACUAAAGAACAAAUGGAAGGAGUACAAAGUGUAAAGAAAUGUAAAAACUACUAUGAAGUCCUUGGAGUAUCCAAAGAUGCAGGUGAAGAAGACUUGAAGAAAGCUUACCGAAAGCUUGCUCUGAAGUUUCAUCCAGACAAAAACCAUGCACCAGGAGCAACAGAUGCUUUCAAAAAGAUUGGCAAUGCAUAUGCUGUGCUAAGCAAUGCAGAAAAACGAAAGCAGUAUGAUCUUACAGGCAGUGAAGAACCAUGUAAUCAUCCUGGCAAUGGUAGAUUUAACUUCCACAGGGGCUGUGAAGCAGAUAUUACUCCAGAGGACCUCUUUAACAUGUUUUUUGGAGGGGCAUUUCCAACAGGUAGUGUACAUUCCUUUUCUAACGGACGGUCUGGCUACAGUCACCAUAAUCAGCAUCGUCAUAGUGGACAUGAAAGAGAAGAGGAGAGGGGUGAUGGUGGCUUCUCUAUGUUUAUUCAGCUGAUGCCAAUUAUUGUACUGAUCCUCGUCUCUUUGCUGAGCCAGUUGAUGGUGUCUAAUCCUCCUUACUCUUUAUAUCCAAGACAGGCGUCAGGGCAAACCAUUCAGAUGCAGACAGCAAACUUGGGUGUCGCUUACUACGUCAACAAGGACUUUAAAAAUGAAUACAAAGGUGCAAAUUUGCAGAAAGUAGAAAAGAGUGUGGAAGAGGACUAUGUGUCAAACAUUCGAAAUAACUGUUGGAAAGAAAGACAACAAAAAACAGAUUUACUGUAUGCAGCAAAAGUGUAUCGGGAUGACCGUCUUCGAAGGAAAGCAGAAACCAUAUCCAUGGACAACUGCAAAGAACUAGAACGAUUGACCAGUAUCUAUCGAGGAGGAUGAGCUAGAUUUUGACUUUUACUGCCUGAAGUACAUGCUCUAUAUGUAUAAAAAGAAAAAAUCUGUAAACUGAGAAAAUACUAUUUCGUUGUGAGAACUAAAAAGAAAGAGGGAUGUAAAAUUCUGUGUAGCCAUUCCCAGAAACCUUACCCUAAAGUUCCAAUAUCAUUUAAUAGCCUAUUUAUUUAGUCUGAAAUAUAUGACAAGGUUUGUUUACAUCACUGAAUUGCCCUUUGCAUUUUAUUCCCAAAGCUCUGAGAAAUUUUAUACAAGGAAGAAGCUGCUCAGGUGUGCUAGCUGUAUUUGUAGAGAUGUAGACUAAUGGUUCUGCUUCAGAAAUACUUGCCAUGUAAAUAUGUGUGGGAAAUGAACACUGUUGUGUAUAUUAAACUCUUAAGGAUUUCUAAAGAUAUUUAGAUACAUUGUGGGGAAUUCUGUGGCUUCCCAACAUUAUCUUGGGGUUGGGGAACAGGAUUAUUAGGAAUCCCUGCUUCAAGGUCCUUUACAUGCAGAGCCCCCUGUCCCCAAACAGUAUAGAAAGAACCACAGCAACUGCCCCUCUGAGGUCAGAAAUCUGCCUUGGAGAAGGCUAAAGGGGUGACAGCUUAGACCAAGUCCAAAUGGCUCCCCAGCCUCCUUCCUUCCUUAUGCAUUUAAUUCAGACAGCCAAAAAAGGCCAUCUAGAUUAAAUGCAUUGUGCAGGCUGUUGUAGAUCUCUGCCACACCUUGCACUGUGCGUUGGAUGCACUUAUGUGUCCAUGUUUGGAAGCUUACAUGCAUUGAACAUGGAAGACAGUGAAUUGUGCCCUAAAAUUUUUAAUUUCAUGUAUGGAAUAAAUAUUACUCAUGACUAUAUCAUUCCUUAUUCACAUGUCAAGUGUGUGUGGGACUGAAAGGAAAAGUAACCAUCUUAUCUCUUUGUGCACAAUCAUCUAGCUUGAAGAAACUUGGUAUUAUUGUUUUUUAAGUUAUUGGCCAUGUUAAUUUAUGAUGAAAUUACUUGGAUAAAGCAGUCUGAUUCCAGAGUAGCAACCUUCAUUUUGUAGUUUUACUACUCAAUAUCUAAACUGUGACAGAAGUAAGAUCCGUGCAAAACUGUUUCUUGCUAAGUGAAAAAUAGGAUUUAAAAAAGAGAAAUGUACAGAUACACAGUUUAUUACUUGGAUUGCUUAAUAGCUUUUGCUGUUUUGGUAUUUCUAAAGAAAAAAGGGUGUAAAUAAGCAAUAGCUGCUGUACAACUUCCUUCUCCAUUUUUUUAAAGUUUUGUUCAGCAUGGCUUGGGGUAACACAUGCUCACACAUGCACGUGCACACACAUGGAAGGUGUGGAAUUUGUUACAUUGUGUCCUGAAUCAACAUGCAUGCUUAAUAGAAAUUUACAGUUGCUGACAGAGAUAUGGAGUAAUAUUUAAAUUUUUGGAAAGCCUGGCAGUUUGUUAAUUUACAAUUAUUCAAGUGUGGGCAUCGAAAGCUAAUCAAGAAAGUUGCUCCUAAAGUCUGUCCUUGUGCCUUUGCACCCUUUUACUGACUCUUAAGUUUAACUUGCCUGUGAAUUCCUGCUAUCAGCCAUAAUUUGGAACUGUGUAGUUUUGCCCUGCAAUGUGAGCUAAGCAGUCACAGAGCAGUGUUUCACUCCAGAUCUUGACAGGCUCUUUUUGGUAAAGAGGAGCUUUUGAAUAUCAUUGAUGAAAUAGAAAUGAUUUGAUUCUAAGGGAUCAUAUAUGAAUAAUGCAUAUAGUCACUUUUGGUAAAAUAAAUUUAAUAUGCAGUUUUGAAGAAACUGAACAAUAGAUGGUGCCUGGGAAGUACUUGUUCAGACUUUAUCAAAUGUUUAUAAGCUGUUGCACAUUUUUUUACUGCAACAAAAAGUUUCUUUUUUGAUAUCUCAUAUACUCUAUUAGAAGAUACUUAUAGAUGAACAUGCAUAAUGCCACUCUUAACUGAGAUACUGUCCCUCUGUUGUUCAUUGGAGGACAAUUAUUGAAGAAACUCACUGUGGUCUGAUGUGUACAGAAUUCCAUUCUUAAGUGAUUCUUCAAUCCAUUGGCCUUAAUUCAGAGGACAAGAUGAACACAGAGUUUCGAUGGCUGAUACCAGAACAAAGCCUAUGUACGGUUCCUGCAUGCACAUGAGGGACUUUCCAUAGCUGCUGUUCUAGAAUGUAAAAUGUCUGUAGGUAAGAAAAAAUCCUAGAACUUAAUUGGCUUCUGAGUUGCACAAGUGGCAUGGCAUGAGUUGUGGGGAGGAUGAUUCCUAGGUCUUCAUAGUCUGUUCGAAGUCAAAAUCAAAGAUGAGCAUCAAAGUACAUAUGAAGGUUGAACAUAGCAUUCCCUUUUCUCUCUCCUUCUGAAAGAGGUGCCAUGCAGCAGUAUCUGAGCAUCUAUACCCACAAGAUUUCAUCAGGCUAUUUUAGUUAUAUUAAAGUAAUAACCAACUCAGGUGCCCUACAUUCCACAUUGUCUGACAGGUACAUGUGAACCCCAUGAGUUUUAUUUUGAAGAUCAUCCAGUCCCUGUAGACAGUGGGAAUAUUAGGCAUUUUAUAGAUAUGUUCUGCAUUUGUGUGGAGCUGACCAGACACUGUAGUCUUCACUUUAGCACUCCAAGGGAAAGAAGUUUUGAAAACCUAUGGUUUAACCAAUAUGAACCGAAUGGAGGUUUUAUAAAAAGGCCUUUUUUGGGCAAUAUGAAUAUUGAAAUUGAGUUCAAGUAGAAGCUCAUUUUAAAUGUGAAGCAGAUAACACUGCUAUCAUAAAACCACAUGCUUGUAUCCAAAGAUGCUCUUGCACUUCUAAGGCUCUUUUGUUCAUACAAGGUGUUUCCCCUUUCCUGCUGCAGUUCCCAAAGCAACAGCUCACACUUUCUGAGAUGGUCCUCCAACCAUCUGCAGUGGCCUGGGGGAAAGAAUACUGUACUGGAUGGGAGCAGUGAUUCCUGGUGUGUAAAUGGAAUCUACCUGUCUAAGCCAUAAUGUUGAAGAAAGAUCCAUUUAUGAUAGAGGUGCAUGUUCUUUAUGUUCAGAAGUUUGUAUAUGAACUUAUGGGGGCUAGUUAUCCCUAUAAAAACUGAAUCAAUGUGCAGGCAAGAUUGUAAAUGUUCAAACCAAUGAAAUAUAAAUCUUUAAUUUUGCAAUAUUAGUUCAAUUGGGUUAUUCCUCUGUAUGAGCAAGAGCCUAGUGUGCAAAAUACUCUAUUCUUGUAAUGAGAGUGUAGAAGAUGGUAUGUGUCACACCAUAAAGUCCUCCCUGAGAUAUUUUUCUAGAGUUGGGAUACAGUUUUUCCUUUUGAUUUACAUGUAAUUUUUCCCUGAAACUUUUACAGAACAGCUGGGGGGAAGAGACACUUUGCUUUGUGACCUGCAAGUGAAAGCACAUUCUUAAAUAAUAUUAAUGGAAAACAUGAGCAAUCUUCAUAACAUACACUUCUCAAAGUUUUAAUCACAAAUUUGCAAUGAUAUAGAUAAUAACUCCUCUUCAUGAUUAAAAUGUGCCACUUGUAAUGCCCUUUCACACUUUAGAUUCUCAGGCCUCCAGUUGAAUCCCCUGAUAUGUUUAGAUUUAUUUGAAAAUGGCUCUAAAGGAGGGGGCUCUGAAUUUGAGUGCAGCAGAAUUGCUAGGGAGGGGGGUAUUAAAUGUUUUUUCCCCCAAAUGCCAUUCUUUCUAGUCCAAACCUAUUAGAAGAUACACAUUCAGUUUUAGGGAGAAUGGAGUUAGCAUGGAAAACAGCAUGGAGGAAAUGGUUUUAAAAAACACUCCUCCAGCAAUGCUGCCCCAGUCAGAGACAGCUGCUUUUAAGUAAAAACAAAACAUGGCGAAGCCGUUGGAUCUCUUCCAUAACAUGCAGUUCAGCCCCUUAUGCCUGUUGCUUACUGUAUAAGCAAAGCAGUAUUUAUCCCUUUGAGUUCAAUGGAACCCCACACAAGAUUGCUCUGGCUUAAAUGGCCUGUGUAUUUAGUUAUGGUUUCCUUAAUGCUACUUAAAAUGGCCCUGACAUAACAGAACCCCAUAGCGAGAUGUGUUUCUUAUGACUGGUCAUUUGAACACAGUACAACUAAUCCCACUAUUCAUUCCUUUUUCCAACAGGCAAGCCCAGUGCUCCCUAUACAGGUAAACCCAAUGCUCACUGUACACUUGAGCUGUUGUGGUAUAAACAAAGGCCUUACAUCAGAGCUGGAUGCCAAACAAUGAAUUCUUAAUUCCUUAUUUGAAAUCCUUCCACUAUUCUGCAUCUAAAUUUCAUUUUUAAAUAAUCUUUGCUUUAAUGAACUGAUAGCCACCAGAUAGAAGGGAUGGCAAGCUUUAAGACCCUCAAACAUUCCAUUAGACAGAAUCAUACUCAUGCCAAUGUACUGCUGGUUCUUUAUUUUCUCUAUUUAAACCAAGUUGGUCUAAGGGAUUUCGAAGCAGUAAAAAUAUACAUGUUUCUUUUAAAAAAAACUUGUUGUGAGACUAUGUUGUAGUCUUUUCUGACUUGUGUAAUUGUUGUCCUAUAGAUCUUCAGUUGUUGCUUUACAGAUAUUUACCAGUAUGUCCCACACGAUAGAGAAGGUAAUAUGGGGAGACUAUAAUUCAUUUUGAGAACCUUUUCUGCAUAUUCUGUGUCCUUGAUGCUGCUUUCCCUGCUCCCAAACUUAUGCUGUCUUCUCUUGCCUUUUCCAAAAACUAAGUGGUGUUGGCAUUUUAAAACAACAUCAAAUUAAUAUUUUCACUUUAGAAGCACCAAAAAUAUUACCACAUAAUAUUUUGUUCUGCUUUCAGGUUAUCAAUUUGAAAGUUAUUGUGAGUUCAUAAGCAAAAGUGGGCUGCAUUGGCUUGGGAGAAUCUCAGAUUUAAAACUGAGAUCAGAAAAUUUCUUUUUAGUUUGGAAUGGGAUGAAGAUACAGUGAAAAUUUAAGAGCGAUUCUAUACAGUCAAGGGGCAGUCAAUCAAAUACAUAACUAUUCCUCCAUUUGUUUGAGAAAGACUUUGAAGUGAUGGAAUAUGUAAUUGUGGGGCUUGAAAGUAAAGUACUAUUAAUGGUACUAUUUAAUGCCAGUUUAGGUAGAAACAAGGCUCUCAUUGAUAGUUCUUCCUGCCCAGCCUCAUUAAUCUCAGUGAGGCUUCUGGAUAGUGUUUCCAUGCCAGCUCUAUGGAAGUAAAUGACAGCUGCCCUAGCAAAUUGGAUAUAACAAGUUUAGAUCCUAUAGAAUCCAUAUAAUUCAUAUUACAAAGGCUUUUUGAAUUUGCAGGACUACUGCAUGUUUCUAGAUUACUUAGCAUUUUGGUUACAAUCUUGCUUUUUAAGAAACAUAUACCUUAUAUUAAGGGUUGCUUUAAUGUUGCAGUGGUUUUUAUUACAAUCUUGUAAAACUUAACAUAUGUCUUUUCUUUCUCAUUUCUUUUUUUACUUUGCACCAAAGUCUGUUGGUUUGGGGACUACUAACCUUGUAAAUUGCAGUGUGUGUGCAUUUAUGUGCAAUAGAUGUGUAUACCUUCCAGCUUCAUACCUCAAACUUGUAAUUGUGUAAUACUUAGUUCUGUAUGGUUGCACAGAGUGUCAUAAACAAUGAGGAUUCUGGUGUCACAGUGAAAAAAGCAUUUUGCCUAAACUUCUCCAUUCUUUUUCCUUGUCCCAUUAUGGUUCACUGCAGUUGUUGACUGUGGUUUAGCAACAACCAUGUCUGAAUCUUGGUUACGAUCCUACACACAAUAAAGCAACAGUUUGGUUUGUCAGGCUAAGCUGUGCUCCCAGAUGGUGUGCUUGCAAACAGGAUGAAGACAGAAACUGCCUUAAUCAUGGCUUGUCUGGUGACAGAUGUAAUACUUACCCAUUUGUCUGUAAAACCUGGUUUGCAUCAAUAAUUUCAAACUAUGGCUUCAUAUUUUGGUUUCUAGCCAGUCUAAUUGUGGUGAAAUUUUAGAUAAAAUGUUAGUUUAAACAAGUCAGCACAGGACCUGUGUGUGGGAGGACAUGCUACUUUUUACAGGAUCAGCCUUUCAAAGAAAAUCCCAUAUUCACUUGUUUUUCACAGAAGUGUUCAGAAAAGGAUUUCUCCACUUAAGCUGUGGAAAUAGAGUUGGAGAAACCCUUGGUUCCUGACCUUGGAUGGACAAUCUGAUAGUAACUACUUAUUUGUUGCUGAUGUUACAUAAAACUUUAUGUCAAAGUCUACACACUUAAUUUGGCAGUAUAGGAUUUAUUUUUAAGUAAAUUUAGCUAGGAUUGAACUGUCAGGUAUGUCUCUAGCCAGCUUUAAUCUGAAGGGUCCUCAGUGUUAGUUGUUGGAAGAGCUGAUUUCUAGAUGGGAGCUCUAAUGUUUGCACAUCGUGCUCAAAAAACAUAUAAUUGAAAUCCUGCAAAGGAAAUGCAAUGAAAUAUAAGAUGGCAUCUUUACAAUGGAGAUAUUAUUUAUUUAACUGUAGAUUUAAUGGUUAGGUUUAAAAAUAAUUUGUAAUGUACCUACUGUAAUAUCAGACUUAAAAUAAAAUUAUUUUCAGUGUGAAUAACUGUUUUUACCUGUUUAUAACCCUGUAAUAUUUAGGAACUGGCAUAUUAAAGGAAGCAAUCUUUAAAUCUUA